CUCCUUACAUGGCGGUCCGUGCCGGCGUUCUCUGGGGUCACAUGACCCUCCGCCGGGCUGGCUUGCUGAGCUUGGAGCCGGCUCCGUUCAGUGAGCAUCGCACCGGCCAUGGCGGCGGACGAGCUGGCUUCCAGGCUGAACAGGCGGCUGAGGCUGGGGGCCGGCGGGGAGGCAGGCGGGGACUCGGACUCCGACCAGCACAGCGACGGCGAGAGGAGGCAGCCCUGCAUGAGGGUCUUCAACCCCUACACCGAGUUCAAGGAGUUCACCAGGAAGCAGAUCAAGGACAUGGAGUGCAUGUUCAAACAGUGAGUGCCACCCCCUUCAUCCCAUCAUCCCUGCCUGGCCACAAAGCCCUGCCACUCCACCUGCUGGGGGCUGCUGCAACUCCCACUACUCUCAGCCAGCACCGCCAGGCUGGGGCCCCAACUGUGUCUGCUGGGUGGAAGGGGUCUGAACUGCAGCAACUCCCACUACUCUCAGCCAGCACCGCCAGGCUGGGGCCCCAACUGUGUCAGCUGGGUGGAAGGGGUAUGAACUGCAGCAACUCCCAGUAAUCUCAGCCAGGAGUGUCAGACUGGGGCAUUGGCUGUGCCUAGGAGGCUGAAAGGGUCUGAACUGCAGUAACUCCCAGUACUCACAGCCAGGAGUGCCAGGCUGGGGCCAUAGCCCCUUGUGUGUCUGGGGUGGUGCAAGGGGUCAGAACAUAGUGAGGUAUUGAGGUCAGCAGCUGUCCCCAAUGCAUUUAAUUAUACAAUGCCUAGGUUUCUGCAGAACCUCUUAGCUCAUGGACCACUAGAUUUAAGAAGGGACAGUGAUGGACAGCUCUGCUUCCCAAGAGAUACAGGAUACAGAGAAUUGAUGGUCAAUGGCAGACUAGUGACAUCUUAAGCUGUCCUGAACUAUUUAAAUACAUUCUAGAAUGUGGGUAAUAGACAACUAUUGAAUGCCAUAACACCAUUUCCCUACCCCCAGACUUAGCAUAGUCUAAAUAACAUCUCUCCACAAAAAUAAGGUAUCUGAGCCCCCCUCAUCACACCAAAAACAACAACCAAUAUAGUUCUAGCUCUGUGUGUUCAGUGAGGGGAUUUAAUUGUGAUUUUCUUUACUGCCAGAGAAUAUUUUAUCUGUAUAAACACACAGAUGAUGCACAUCUGGAUGUGUGCACAACACAUAUUGUCAUCAAUUUCAUUGUCGUUUCGCUUGUUGAUGUCAAGAUGUUGGACUGCAGCAAAUGCAGCACGUAAAACCAGUUUUUGCCAGCGAAAAAGGAAAUUUGAAAUUUUUCCCCAUAGCAGGAUUUUCUGUUAAUUAAAUUUUAAGGUCAUAUUUUUAAUGGCCAUAGUAACUUUCACCUAGGAUCAGUUGAAAAUAUUAAGCUAUUGUUUGUAUUGGAAAAAAGAUUGUGUUCUGACAGAUUUAUGCCUGUUGCUUAUUAGCAAUGUUACAAUAUAUGUAGCAUCUCCACCAUUUAAUAACAGCCCAGAACACCAUUUUUAUUUCUUGUAACUGUACGUCAAAUUGAGUGUCAACAACCAGCAACAGGUUAUACAUAAUAAACCUUAUAAUGCUUAUUUUUAUUUUUUUUAUUUUUUUUUAUCGUUAAUGUACCACUGUAGAUAAUGGCAUUAAAUGAAAUUCAUUGAAAAAAUAGAUGGUUUAAAAUGUAUUUACGGUGGAUUGCAUCUGUGCUAUUAAAAUGUAGCUUGUAUUUUUUUAUAUUUUUUUUGCAAUUUCUGCAACCGUGAUAGCCAUAAAUUAUAAGAUCAAGACUAUAUAUAUUUGUGUCAGGUGUUGAAAAACAUCCUGCACAGUUUUAAAAAAAAGAGAGAUACCUUUUUGGUAAUUAAAAAAAAAAAUAAAUAAAAUAAAAAAAUCCAAAUUAAAAUCUGCCUAUUAAAUUGUUAUUUUUGCAUGUACAUUGACAUUUCAGAUUCCAUGUAAGCAAAUUAUUGCACCAGACCGUAUAAUACACAUGGUACAACUCUGUGUGAUGGAAACAGUCUGUGAAUACGAGAGAAGCUGCUGUAAGAGAAAUGAUCAACAGAUUUAAGCCUAUUCAAAAUACAUUUCACAGGGCUGCUAUAUGCAUCAGUGAACUUGUAUGUAACAUACCAGGAUUCUGUCACUCCAAGCUAACCUAUCAGAUGUAUUUUGAGAUGCAAGAAUGCAUUGAUUUCUUAGUCUUCAAAAUGGAAGCUGACCUUUAGGUCUUGUAACCUAAAUGCAAAAGGUGAAACACUUUGACAAUUAAUAGGCUGCAAUAAGUGAUCAUACAAUUUAACUGACCGUUAUGGUAGCAAGAAGUAAAUCAGGCACAGCAAGAUGAAAACACGCUUCCCAUUCUUCAACUGCAGACAGAAACCAUCAGUUUUCUUUCAAAAUGGCGCCUUCCGUAGGCUUUCCAGCUCAGUCCUGAGAGCACAGCUACAUGCUGCGCUUCAAAACUUGUAUUUCAUUCAGUGGUGUUUAGUUAAUUAUGUUCUCGCAAAUGAUUCUCCUUUCGAUGUGAACAUCUGCCUUUUAAAAGCAAAAUUAUGACUCAGGUAGCAUGUCCUAAAUUAACGAUAUCCAGGAUUUGUUUUUGCAUAAAGUUGAGGAUAGUUAAGAGUAUUUCCAUUAUUUAUUUUUUGUUUUUGUUUUGUUAUUCUUUAGGUAGACUAUUGUAUGAGGUGUCCAUUUAGCAAUAUAUUAUCAUUCCUGUUUUGUUUUUAUUUUUUUUAUUUCAAAGAAAAGGCAGUGUUUACAUUGGUGGGGAAUGGUAACACCUCGAGUGUCAGUCAUUCAGACAGUCAUUAGUGGUGCUUCCUGGGUCAGUGAUGCACAGUGUGCAGCACUGACGUACAUCAUCUCCACGCCCUACAUAAACACACAUUUUUUUCACACGCACUCACUUACACAGCCUUUCUACCAUUUGUUCGGGAGAGCUGGAGUCGAUCCUUUCCCUGGGUCAAAUGUGGGACUUGUGAAAAAUGUGUGCUACCUCACAUGUUGUUUAGUGAUUCCGGGGCCAGACUGACAUCAUAACUCAGCAUCACAGCAAGCUAUGCGUGGGAGCAGUGCUGGAAGAUAAUGAAGAUUACAACUCCUUUGCCACCUCUGCCUCCAUUCUCCCCUAACAGGCCGCCUCUUAGUGUACCUCUUGCCUUUGGUGUGCAUGUAUGCAUAGCAUGGAUUAAGAAACUAAAAACUAGGAUCUAGACCAGGGGUGCCCAUAACGUAAAUCCCCACAUGUUUUAAAACUACAGCUUCCAUGAUGCUUUGUCAUUUUAAAGGCAUGCAAAGCAUCAUGGAAGUUGUAGCUCAACAACAUCUGGGGAACUACCUUUUGGCCACCCAUGAUCGUUGUAGAGUAUAGCUUGAUUUGACAUCAAAUCAUUUAAGAAUGAUUUACCGCAGCUGCUCUUUGCAGUAAUGAUCCAUAAUUAACACUAUUAUCACUGUCUAUUUUGUUCAUCCUGGACUGCAUUGAAACCAAAAAUUAAAUUAACGUUAGGUUCCUAGCAGAAGGCGAUAAUGAUGCUAUGGGGCCAGAGGGUUCCUAUGAAAGGUUAUUCCAACCCUUGUGGAGGGGAGCUUUUGGUUUAAAAUGCCACAGUGGGCAUUAUGGGGAAGGAUCUCUCGAGGUCUCAAUCUUGUAAAAAAAAAAAAAAAGUUUUACUCAUCUGAAAUCCAGCACUGGGCAAACCUCCCAAUACUGACAUAUGCUCCACCUUCCGUUACAGAAGAUGUGCAUGGACCAUUCACAGGCUUUCAUAGAAAAGCCUAUGAUUGGUCUGUUUUGACAGCACAGAGUGAGUGCACGCACUCCGGAUGGGCUUGUUUGCGGAGGGAGUGAAAUGUGCGUGGAAGGGGAGGGUAUUGUCAUCUUCUCUUUACACACGCUUUUCUUGGAAGGGAGAAGAUUUAAGGGACACUAUAGUCAACUGAACAACUACAGCUUAAUGCAGUUGUUCAGGUAUGAUCCAUAGCUCCCUGCAGGCAAUCUAAUGUAAACACUGUAUUUUCAGAGAAAAUAUAGUGUUUACAUUGAUAGGAAUACCUCCAGUGGCCGUCACUCAGACGGCCACCAGAGGGACUUCCUAUCAUGCAGGGCCCUAAAAAGGCCUUGUACACGUCAGACGUAUUUUAAUGCAGGAGAGAGAAGGCACUGUGUGCGCGCCUUCUCUCUUCUGCCUGUCAGCAGAGGAGAGGGGGCGGGCAAAGACCGCGAGUAUGUGUGGCGAAGCAGCGCAUCCACACAAGGGAGCAAUGACUCUUCCAAAUGGAAGCGUCUGAUUGCUUGCGCCCGCCUAUUUCCUCAUUUUGACGAAAUAGGGGGCGCGGCUUCACAAGGCUCCCGGCGCUGGAACCAGGUGAGUAAAAUUGUUUGCCUGGAGAGUCCCUUUAAUCACAUAAAAAUGACUUCUGCCACCACAAAAACUUCAAAUCAUUGAACCCUUUUAUAUAGUAGUCCCAACAUGUGGUGUAUGAUUUACUUUAGUGAUAUUUAGUAAAAUGUAAAUCUAAAGAUUCAUUUAAAGAAGGGAUGAGAUAUGACAAUUUUGGUAAAAAAAAUUGUCUCCAUGAUUGUAAGUUCCCGUUACUACUUUGUUCUGUGUUUUAAUGAAUACAUGUGAUAUUAUAUUUCAUAUAUACUAUUCGACAUUAUUUUUCCCAAUAUGUCUAAACAUAUUUACCAUCAAUUACCCGUGUAUCGCUUUACAUACUGUGCAACGGUAUAAAUUAUAUAUUAAAUAUGUAGAAAAAAAAUAAUUGUAUUGAAAUACAUAAAUUAUAUGUUUGAUCUUCAUAUGUCCUUUGUACUCUGCUGCAGAAUAUGCCUAAUAAAAUAUGGCUGAUUCCGCUCAUUCACCUUCAAUCUAGUAAAUCCCAAAUCUUGGAACUUCCUUGUAGAACACAAUGAGUGUAAUAUGCAUGUUGGUAUCUCAGAAAAUGUUACACCUGACUGGCACAUGAGAAAUGAAACUUUGAUUCGUCCUCACUUUGUAAUUAUGUAAUCCACACCAACCCUCCAACUAUAGUACAUCCGAUCUCUAUGGAAUAGCAAAAAUACAAUAUUUAGUAUAUUGACAGACUGAGAAUUUACGUCCCCAGAGAGCGCCCCAUAACCAUCAUUAUGUCAAUGUCACUGGAGACUCCAGCCUUAGGGAAGGAGGACUUUGAAAGCUAUUUUCCAAUAUAGAUGAAGUGGAGUCUCUGCUUUCAAGGCAAUUGUAGCUGCUUCACAAUUAAAAUUAAAUAGCUGAACAUUGUAAUUACAGCGGGUUUCAUGUUCAGGCCAGUUGCAAACAGUAAACUGAUUUUGAUGAGCAUUUCUAAUGCAGAACAAUCUAAAUACAUGAAAGAAGUGACAUUGGUUAGCGGUUUAGAGGGUUUAAUGCCAGUGCUGGGGGAUGGGGCUAUUAAAAAUAGCAUGAAAGCGCAUCGGCCCCUUGUUCAUUCAUGUUUUGUUCCAAUGUAAUGAAGGGGUCUUUGUUUGGAGGAAGCAAAUACAAUAGACUUAUUUGCACAGGGUGGGGUGGGGGUAGGAGAAUAUGAAAUAUUUCAUAGAAAGACCUACUUGCAUAGUAAAUGUUGUUGUUUGCUACUAUUUUCCAGAUUGGCAAGCAGAGCAAUUUGUUUCUCUGAAACCAGUAAAUGUGCAGGUUUUAAAAAAAAUUAUAUAAUAACUAUUAAUGGAGCACACUAGGUCUUCAAUUCAGUGAAACAAAGUUAUUUAAUGUAUUAUCAAAAAUACAUGAGCUGUGAAUAACAAAAAAUCGACGUUUCGACCCUCCUGGAGUCUUUAUCAAGCUCACCUAGGCAUCUAUUUUUACUUUUAUUAUUUUGUAAAGGAGGCGUGCCCUGCUACUUUAUUUGAUAUAUAUAUAUAUAUAUAUAUAUAUAUAUAUAUAUAUAUAUAUAUAUAUAUAUAUAUAUAUAUAUAUAUAUAUAUAUAUAUAUAUAUAUAAAUAAAAAUUCAGGCGCUUUCCAAUGACAUGCUUUUAAAAUAUAUUUAAACGUAAAUGUAAUUGAAAAUUUUCAAAUUUAUGAUAAUUGUGUCGAACUUUAAAUGAGCACUUCAACCACCAUAACCACUUGAGCUAGGUAGAACGGAGAAUUAUGAUAAUAUAGUCCCAGCAGUUGUAAUGCUACAGCUAGACAAACAAAACCACUGCCUUAAAGCCACAAUUCUUAAUGCUGUAGUACAUCAAUAAUGUCAUCCAGAGCCUUUACUUGGAGGAGGGCUGCUGUCUGUAAAAGGAAGGUGAACAAAACUAAAUUUAAAUAUGAAAUUUCGAAUACUCCAGUCUAAAUAUAAAUGAAUCAUUUGGUUAUAACCCAUAGACCCCACUAAGUAUUUGGAAACUUGCAGAAAGCUAAAUGCACAUUUCCUGGUUAAAUACUCUGAUAUUGUUAUAAAUAAUAUCUAAUGUUUGAUAGCCUUAUGGCUAUUUCAGUGUUUCAGAAUUUUACGGUAUCAGCUAUUCCCAAAGGUUAGGACCCCGUACUCCAGACCAUGUUUAUCAGAGGUGGAUUUCUGCAUGUUUUUUUAUUUGUAUUUUUUUUUUUCUCCCCUCCUGUACAUCAUUCAAUAUUACCUAUUUUGUGUAUUUAUUGCAUAGGUAUGAUGCGGGCAAGGAUGGGUUCAUAGAUCUUAUGGAGCUUAAACGAAUGAUGGAGAAACUUGGAGCUCCUCAAACCCAUCUUGGCCUCAAGGAAAUGAUUAAAGAAGUGGAUGAAGACUUUGAUGGGAAACUUAGUUUUAGGGAGGUAAGUCACUGUUCUCGCAACAUGUUACCUAAUUUGUAUCCUAUUGCUGCCCUAACUGUAAAAAAAAAAUCUCCAUAACUACUACACUACAGCUACCCUGACACUGACCCUUAACCCCUACACUACACAUAAAGCAGCUCUGUCACUUUUCAGUAGUGAAUCAGUCCUGAUCCAGACUGAUUUGGAAUUUCACUGAAACAAAAUCUAAAGAUACCAUGAUACAAAAUAUGGCCUACCAUGUCUUUUGGAAAAUUUCAAGUUAAAGGCAAAUCAAUUGUCUAAGAAGACUCCCGGUAAGUACGACUACCUUUCUCAGCGGCCCAUCCGAAAUAUCACUUUUAGGGGUCUUUGUUAGAUAUGCAAAGACCCCCAGAAGUGACAGAUGCGCUUUAACCCAAAGCUAUUACACUACCCUGAAGCUUAGAUUACUCUUAACCCUAACCCACCUGCAGUCCUAACCUCAACUGUAACACUAACCAAAGCCAAAAAUAUAAUUUAACAUUAAAAAUGCAGAACGCUGAAGCUUUUUAUUAGGGGACUAUAAUACCAUCUCAGGAUUCUGGAGACUUUUUCUAAACCUUUGUGUUCUUGGUUUAUUAUGUGUCCAGUAAUACUGGAUUUUAUUAUUUUCCCAUAAUAUAUAAUUAAAUAUAUGAUGUAUCUAAUUUUCUCAAUAUAAUAGUUUGCCUACAUCCUUCCACUUGGUAACAUUUUUGUAUCACUGCUCUUUCUUUCACGAUAACAUUGUUUGAACGUGGACUGCUGGAGACACUUGUGUAGUUUAGAUAAACUUUGAGCAUGGUAUUGCCUUACCCGCUCAUUAUCCUCCCAUCAAUCAGACUGCUUCUUAGCUUAAACAAAUUCAUGUCUUCAUAUCUUUACAUAUGCAGCAGUUAGCAAGGUGGGCUAACAGGAAUAGUUGGAAAGAAGAGAUAUCUCUGUCCAUUUAUCUUGGUAAAUUAGAUAUGAAACACAGCCUCAAUGUGACUUGAAUCACGUCUUAGUUUGCAUAUAUGGCUGGGCUGAUCAAUAGGACCAAUAUACUGUACAGAGAGCUGGGAACAUUUCUCGGAUUCUAGCAAGAGCAAAGACGUGUUUAGAUGCUUUGGUGAUCUUAUUAUGAUAUGAAAUAUUACUAUCGAGUUCCAGGAGCUCAAACGAGACUUGCAGAGUAAAACUGAUCUCCUCUGAUCUUAGCUCUUAUUUAGCUGAAAGUAUGACAUGUUUCCAUGAGGUGUCUGAAAUGGACUAUUAAUGGAUAUCUAAUUACAGCAGUGUAAAUCAACACAGAACACUGCUAGGCACCAUUAUAAAACAUUGUUACAGAGGGCAGUUUGGAUCAUGCCUAUGGGCAGACCUGGAAUCCAGAAUUAAAAAGUCCCCCAGGCUAAUGUUUAAAUCUUCCUGCUACAUUUUUUCUUAAAAGUUAAACUAAUGAACAGCAGUAAUAUAUGCUUUAUAUAAAUCCCAUGUGAGGGUGGGAUUGGAUGGUGAGAGUCCAGGUGGAGUUACCGCAGAGUGUUGACCUGGGUUGAGAUGACAAGAAAACUGGCUUUAUAUACUUCCUGACAUAACCCCUUACUUAUCUCGGGCUCUUUAUACUUCAGUGUUGGAGAGCUCCCCUACUCACAGUGUCCCCAGGUAGACCUCUGCCUUGCUUGACUAACAGGGUUAUUCACUAAACUGAGAAUUCAAAGUGAAUUUCAAAUUUAAGGCCAUAGUAGCCAGCCGAAGGCAUGGCCAACUUAAAUGGUUACUUUGGGGGACCUUUUCUGUGUAAAAUACUCUAUUGGGCACUAUGCAUAAGGGCUCCCUGCUCCCAUUUCACUAAAACCUAGAGGGAAACAAGGUUUUACCCAUCUGGAACACUGCACAUACAGACUUCUACCACCAUGACCACUUCAAAUCAUUGAACUGCUCAUGGUGGUUGGUGUAAACAUUUAACUAUUGUUUUGCAGCUUGGCUACUUUAACCUAAAUAUGAAAUUCCCUUUUAAUUCUCACUUUUUGCGAAUAACACUGUAAGUGUUAAAAGUACUAAAACCUAACAGCAGGAGUACUGUAUGUAUCAAGGUAGUUUGGUAAUGUGUUUAUGGGACAGUGAUGGGGGAUAGAUCUUAUCGGGGUAGUGUAGAUGUGAGGACCUGUUACUUUGCCAGUAUGGGGUCAGGAAGAAUACCAGGGUAUGUAUAAAGGUAUAUGUAACUAUAUUUGUACAUGUGAAUGCAUGCUGCAAUUAAAACUGUGUAACUCUUAUCUAGUGUAACUCAGGACGCACGCUACUUGACGUUUUGGGUUUAGAUACUUUAUUUUUUCAUGUUAUUUUUCAAAGUGACAUUAUACAUUAGUAGAAAAAGCACAAUGUAAUGUAUAGACAAUCUAUCACUAGUGAUUUUGAUUAGAUAACUAAGAGAAAAGAUAACAGGGUGAGAAAAGGGGAAACUCUUCAACACUACGAGCCCCAAAUAUCAACACCCACGUAAAUUGCUUUCUCACCCCAUUCCAGCAUUAGACAUACUGUCAACGCACGGGGCCUAGACCUUGUUGUAGAAAUAGAGUGAUCGCUCAUCCAUCAGACAUGUAUCACUGAUUAAUGGAGAUCCACCAGAGCUUAUUUAGGGGUUAGAGUGAUUUUAUUUUAUUUUUUUACUAGUUUAUCUGUUGUGCAUUUGUGUACAACAGAACAAAAUGAUUAACCACCUCAGAUGCUUAUUUAAGUAAAUAAAAAUAUAUACCAACCAAACACAUCCAUUUUAUAGCUUUUUAUUUUUUUUAAGCCAGGAUCAUGGACAUGCCUCUUCUCCAUCCUAGCUAAAGGAUGUGAUUGACAGAAGCCCAUGCAGUCAGAAUGCCCUGUUCUUCAUAAACCCUUCUGCAGGUGGGCUUGGCAAUAUUAUUGAUAGAAAAACUGAUACUGUCUCUGACUGUUGACAUGGGGGGUUGAGUUUCCUCCUAGAAUUGGACCUAAGAGAUGGUUAUUUUAAAUGAGAUUAGUUGCCCUUUCUUUGUUCCUGGUUUGGGACAUUGCUGCUGAAGCAGAGCUACCUGUAUCCCGGCUGGGUACCUCCGCCCCGGAUUGUUUCCUAGCUGGAACCGGGGAAAACUGCCACUCUUCUGCCCCAGUCAAACCAAGCCUUGACUGGGAUCCUUCUGGAGCUUUCCCACCCGACCAGGCUGCAGCUCUCCUUCCAGGCAGGUAUCGUCCCAUCAGAAGCCUUUCUUCCAGGCAGGUAUCAUUCCUCUGCCCAUUCCACUGCAGCCCUUCUUCCAGGCAGGUAUUGACCCCUCUGCCUAUUCCGCUGCAAUCUUUCUUCCAGGCAGGUUUCUACCUCUGUAAAGGCAAUAUAAAUCACAUUGCAGGCAAAGGCACUUGCUGCUCUCAGGCCUAGCUCUCUCAAUUCAUCCCAAGGCUAGAGGGAUCAUGCAGCCAGCCAACAGCUACAACGACUCUGUGGCUGGGAUCCAUAAAAGUCCAUUCGGUACACCGUUCCAAAAGGAACUAACAUUCGGUACUUUAUUUUACUUGGGACUAGCCUAUACUUUUAUUACAUACACGUUGCUGUGACAAACCUAAUUAUUAUUAUUAUUAUUAUUUAUUAUUGCCAUUUAUAUAGCGCCAACAGAUUCCGUAGCGCUUUACAAUAUUGAGAGGGGGGAUUUAACUAUAAAUAGGACAAUUACAAGAAAACUUACAGGAACGAUGGGUUGAAGAGGACCCUGCUCAAACGAGCUUACAGUCUAUAGGAUAAAAUUCAAAUAACCGAAACAUGCCACAUAAUAUACAGGAAAUUAUAAUGGCGUAAUAUAUUUAUAAAGGGAAGGGGAAGACAUUAACAGAACAUCUCUCUCCCGCCUGCAGAAUUAGCAAUAUGCAAAUCUACCCAAAAAUGCAAAUGAACAAUCCUUGCUUUUCAGAUAGUGCAUACAGUGGUUGGUAGAUUAUUGCAACCAGUAGGUGGUGCUGAAGAGGCUCCAGAGCCAAAUCUACCUUAUUGAUUGUAAGCCUUAGCAAGACAGGAGAACACACUAACCAUUUAACACCAAACAACCACGUUACACACACACACACACACUCUGCAAUCACGGUGACGUAAACAUAGGAAUAGCCCAAGGUCCUACAUAAAAUGUCCUUAUGAAACCCCAGGUGAUGGUGACUACCGUCACAGAUGCAUAUUAUAGAAGGUGAACUGGGAACCCCAUCUCCAUUUGGUAUGGUGGUUUUCAGUGUCAGGAAAAGGUUCUGUGGAAUUAGUGAUGGAGUAUUGUACCAUUAUCCUAUCAUCUGACAGUAUGGAAUGGUGAUGGAGGUGUAGGCGAAUUUUUUGUAUUUUUUUUCUGUGGUCUUUUUAAUUUUUUUUUAUUUUUUUUCAGUGAAUGCAAGGAUUUUUAAGAAGCAGGCUAAUGCUAUGUAUUAAUUGAAUGUUCUAUAUAUUUGUUUGUGAUAUACAUUUCUCGAUACCAGUGGUAGCAGCCAUUAGUAUUGUAAUGAUGAAGCUUUCUCUUUGCGUGUACAAUGAUGCUGAUCACCCAGCCGUCAGUGUAAAUUACUAACGUGAUACACAGAUCUGUCAAUUUGUUCUCAGUGCUAUGUCAUGUGCCGUGCAUCACUAAUUGCACAUAUAAAUGACAGGCAGAUAGUUCAGCAAUGGUAAACGACAAAAGCAUUGCAGUAAAUUAUUGUACAGUGUUUUGUAUAUCAAUGGCAGUUAAAAAAAACAAAAACACUUUCUGCAGCAAAUUAAUUGCUAUGUAUUUUCUACAGGAAACCUCUCCGUUACACUUAAGGAUAUGCAUUGAUUUUUCCGAAGCACUCACAUGUAAUGGAUUGUAUUUCUCGUGUUUGCUUUGGCAUUUAAAGGGUUAAGGGUUUUAAUUUAUUUACAUAAGAUAAUCUUGUUAUUGCCCCUUCAGGGCAUUAGAAAUACCAGCCUCUUAAGGGAGAAAUCCCAAGACUGAAAGGCAAAGAAAGAUGGCUGCAUUAGUCUUCAUUUCAGGCUCUUCAUUUUCGGUCUGUUGUGUUAUGGACGUAAACUGUAUCCCUGGAACUUGUCUGAUGACCUAUCUGUAAUUUCAAUAGUAAAAGAAAAGUGAUUUUGUGGUGUGCACAUCCAAUGACACCGUAGGGAACUGUCCGUCACAAUCCAGCUCUUCUCAGUAAAUUAAGAGCCUUUUUUUCCCACUUGUGUACCACUUGCCUGCACGUUACCAUAAAUUGUACCCCUCUUAUUAGCGAAAUGCUUGUAAUUUAUAUAGUUGCUGUUAUUUCAAAUUUAUACUUAAUUUUUCCUUUGCCCCAUCUCCCCAUUUUGUGUGUGUAAUAAUCAUUCUGUGUGAAGCUCUUGCGGGGUCAAAGAUGAACAUACCUGUCUUGUUUAACAUUUGACUUAGCUUUUUUUUUUUUCACUGACCCACAUGCAGAUACACAGACGAACAGACAGAUACAAACACAUAUGCAGAUACACACACUGACACAGAAACAAACAAUGACAUGGAUACAAACACUACCACACAUGCAGUUGCACAGACACUGAUAUACACACUGACAUACAUGCAUAUACAGACAGACACAAAAUCAAACGAAGACAGACCAAUACAAACAUGUCACAGAAGCAAACACUGACACACAUGCAGAUACAAACAUGACUCACAUACAUAUGUAUGGACACAGAGCUGCAGAUACACAAACUGACAUACAUGUAGAUAUAGAUACAAACACUGACACACAUACACAUAACAUGUAGAUACACAUACAGAUACAAACACUACAUACACAUGCAUACAGGCCAACAUUUUAGACACCUUCCAGUUUCCUUACCUUUUAGGUGCAGAAGGGCGACUUCUGCUGGCUGUGAAUGUUGAGAGUAAGCGGCUUGCCCCCCUCCAGGGCCGCCCCCACUCCCCAGCUGGCUGACUAACAUGGGAGGAAGUGACCGGCUCUCACUUCCUCCCAGCAGAUUAGUAGGGGCCCAGUCGCACUGUUAAUGCGCUGCAGUGCACGACCGGGCCCAUCAACGCUUAUCGGGUGGUCUAUACUUUUAGAGCCCUGCAGUUCGUAGCCUGUGUGGGGCAGUUGCACUGAUGGCAAAACCGCAAUUACUAAAAAAAAAAAAAAAAAGGAAUUCACAUAACCCGGGGAGAACUUAAUUGCACCAUGAGUUGCGAACCCCUGAAUUAGAGCAUUGCUACGGGUUAUUAUGGCGACACUGACUCACCGGUAAAGCUCCAGAGCAGAGUAAGAGGCAAAAGGGGUCUGCACAGAUUGCAAAAUCUAGGGAUUAAUGAGGAUUCAUGAACCCGGCCAAAUACGCGCAGUGCAAGACCUCUUCACCUUGCAACAUCCUAACAUGGGGAGAAGAGAUGGAGUCUGAUUAGUCUGAUCAUGCAGAGUUGGCUUUCUCUCUCCUGCUGAUGCACAAUAAUGCCCUGUUUCUGUCAUUAGUAGACUGGUCUGAAACGGAGAUGGGUGGGCAAGAAGGAAAGGUGGGGCUGAAGAGACUCCCCUAACUGAGAGGCAUGCCCAAUAAUGCAGGUUGUUUUUAGUAAGUUUGAACAAACAUUGCAUACUUUUUCAAAGGUUUUUCUUGCUUUAUUUUGGUUUAUAUAUUUGUUUAAAAGUUCAAAUGACGCAUGAUCCCUUUUUAUUCUUAUUUUUUUUUCUCUUCUUUUUCUUAGUUUCUUUUAAUCUUCCGCAAAGCAGCUGCCGGAGAGUUGGAGGAAGAUAGUGGCUUGCAUGCCCUAGCAAGGCUCUCUGAGAUCGAUGUAUCCACAGAAGGAGUCAAAGGAGCCAAAAAUUUCUUUGAGGCGAAGGUAAAAGAUCAGUUCCAUCAAUUGGUGAUUUCGCUAGGGACAGUAUAUGUGCAGGCUUUCAUUUUGACACGAUUAUCCUUGUGCUCCUUAAACCAGUCAGGCUCUGCAUCAUUACAUCCAUCCAGCAAGAUCACUGUCAACCCGGUCCUACCUGUGACCAGCAGGUGGGGCCUACUUACAAUCCAACCAACCUGAGCACUGUAAUUAGGGCUGGUGAAGGAUUUUUUGCCAACCUAGGCAUAGCCUCAUUUUGCCUUGACUUUGCCCCCUCCUGUAGAGAGUGUGUGUAAUAAAUGUAGAGUGUGUGUUUAUAUGGUGAAUACAGAUGUUUGUGUAGUGGAUGUAGUGUGUGUGCGUGUGUAGUGAAUGCAGAGUGUUAAGUGGCAGUGUGUAUAGUGCAACGUAAGAGUAUGUAUGAUGUAAGGUGGCAGUGUAUACAGUGUAAAGUAAUGGUGUGUAGUGGCAGUGUACAUAGUGCAAGGUGGUAGAGUGAAGUGAGAAGUGGCAGUGUGUAUAGUGCAAGGAAGUACUUGGUUAUGAGUCAGGAUGAGAUAAGAGGAAGCGGUGCAACAUAAUAUAUGGUGAGAAGGGGCCCAGUCAGUACCAUCUUGUCUUUCAAGCUACUUCUUACUGCAGCUCUUGCGAGGAUGACCUGCGUGCCGUGCAGAGCGUUGCCAUAUUAACCUGUGGCAAUGCUCUAACGGCUGGGGACUCGGGUUGUUUGGAUUGAUGAGCAGCUGGAAAGAGAUUGCGCUGGCUGGGCCCCCUGUUGUCACUCCCUGAUGGCAGCCCUGAUUGGGGACAUCAUAUAUUUUAUUAUGAGAUUAUGGAGACCGCAUCAAUUUUAUUUUGAGGUUAGGCCCUACCUAAGUUUAUGCAGCCCCCCAAACCUCUAAAUAAAGUUGAUGCUGUCCCCUAGCCUGUAUUUACAAGGGGCAUGUUUGUUAAUAAAAUAAAUAAGUACAGUACCUUGUUGUUCAUCCAGCCAAUACUCCUGAUCUCUCUCCUACUGGGCUGCAAUUAGAUUUCUGGCGCUUGCAUAAAUGAUCUUUUCAGAGCAGCGCCUGCGCUCCCCUCUUCUUAGUGCCGUGUGCGGCUUGCCAGCGCUACGGCACAUGUACAAACGCUGCGCACAGCAGCGCAGUUUGGCGGCCACAGUCCAAAUGUGCACCAUAGGCCGACGCCUACUUCGCCUAUAGGUGGCGCCGGCCCUGACUGUAAUGAGAAUUCAAAGUGUGGGAUAGAAGCCUCAUUCUGUGUGAAGCUCUUGCGUGGUCAAAGAUGAAUUUACCUAUCUUGUGUUACGAUUUUCAUAGCUUUUUUUUUUUUCAUACAUUUUUUGUGAAUUGUUCAGUAGCUGCAUUGCAGUAUUGUAGCUUGUUAUAUGGCCCUUUUUACAGCUGACAGAAAAAAAAAUACUUUAGAUUACAUAGUGUAGUUUUUUUUUUUUUGUUGUUGUUUUUCAACCAAGCAAUUCUGUAAUAAAGUCCAUCAAAUUCAACCCUGAAGCCCAUUUUUUCAUGCUGUUGAUCCAAAAGAAAGCCAUUACCAACUAUGACACAAAUUUAAAAAUUCCUUCUGGACUCCAUUAUGGAAAUCAGAUUCCUACUUGGAUCAGCCUAAGUGUAAUUGUUUUUUUUUUUUUUUUUUUAAUGGCUCUACCUCAAUAUUAUUAGGUUGAGGGGUGGGCAAAUAUCCUUAUAACUUUAUUAUAAGGAUGUGUGGCUAGGGCUUAGCACUAGCCAACAGGAGGUGGACAUUGAAAUGUGCACAACCCCCUAUUCUAUAUUAUAAUUAAAGCCCCCACUCUUUACCCAUAGGUUGGGGCUGGAGGGUUGGACUGUUGGUCGCCAUCACUUGAAUUCCAUGGAGGGAAUGUAAGGAUCUCCCCUUGAUUUAAUAUGUCAUGUCACCCUCCACCCCAUUGGUGUUUUUUUUGUUUUUUUUUAUUUGAAGGAACCCACACAGUCGUCAUUUUACUGGCCUCUUUGCCAUGUGAUGGGGGCUUUUUAGUGACUGGGCAGCAAUGGCUAGUCGCUAGUUUUAAAAAUGUAGUAGAUAUGUGUCAGGUAGGGGCAUGGAAGGUUUAAAACCUCCCUGAUAGUAAUAUUUGGGGUCUUAUAGACUCCAGUUAGUUAUUUAAUUAUUUUUACAUAAUUGACCGAUGCAGCACCUGGAUUUUUAACUAUUUACUCACUGGCUGCUAGGUUUUUUAAAAAUCCUGGCCCAGAUUUGAGUCAUGCGGCUGAAAUUUGUACCCACGUUGCAAAAUCCAGGUAUACACGGCUGGCUGGUUGUGCCUGUUUGGUAUGAGGUGAUUUGGACUUUAUAAAAUGGUAACAUUAGCAGGCCUAUUCCAUAAUGUAAAUAUUUAAUGUCACCAUUACCAUGUCCGGGUGCCGGAGUGUAAAUAUCUAGUAACACUACAGGGCUUGUAAUGCUAAUUCAAUAGCAGACCUUGUUGCGGGGAUACGGGGGGCAGGUGGGGGGGGGAGACGAUAUUAUAUACAAAACAAAUAAUGCUUGAAAGAUUAAGGAACAUUGCACAUAUACAGUUUAAAAAAAUUAUAAGGCUUCUUAAUAUCACCUCUCUCGGCAAAAGAAUAUUUGGAUUCAGGUUGAAAUUAGUUUAAGACCCACUGAUAUUGGGGUACUGGGGAGUAGUGGUGGCUUAACACAAUAUGGCCAUAUGGUGAAAGUGGAUCCCAUAUUUCUUUGCUGUGAAAGGUGAUUUUAAGUAGCCUUAUCAAAUGUAAAAAUGUAUUUUUAUGUGUGCGCUGUUCCUUAAUCUGUAUUAAUGUAUAACUUUUGGUCUCUAUGGUAGCACCAUUACUGUAAAAUGCAUGUUCCAGGUGAGUCUGCAAUUCCUUUUUCCCCCAACCCCUAAGGAUGUCUGAACAUGAUGGCUAUUGCUGUGCACAUACCUCUGUAGUGCUUGGUCUCCACAAGGAAGAAUUUUGCUGUAAUGGUGAUGGUGCCUGGAGUCCCCACCUCCCCCAUGGGAAAUAGACAAACCAUUUUAGAACAGUUUGACUUCUUACCUGUGGAUCACUGCUCCAGAACAGCCCAGUGAGAGUUAGAAGCUCUCUUCACUGAGCUAAGCACUUCACAGCAGGGCUUAGCUCAGGAGAGCUAACUGAGCAGAAACUUCCAGCUCGGUGGCCUCCAUGUAAAAGGUCAAACCAUUCUAAAAUGGGGGCAGCCUCAACCCAGACACAUAUGAAAUUCUCAAAUCAAGAGGCGAACAGAUCAAAAGUAAGUUACUUUUGCUGGAAGGUUUUGGAAACUUUUUUUUUUUUUGGAUUGUGCCAAGUAGUGUAGAGAAAGGCAGUGAAUAGCUGUUUAUAUGAGGGGUUAGUAGUUAAGUUAAAGGAGAGCAUCUGCUAUAAUAUGCCUUAUAAGGGACAUUAGUUACCAGAACAUAUUAGAUCAAGAGGAGAAUGAUCUGCCCUUAAAGGACCACUCUAGUGCCAGGAAAACAUACUCGUUUUCCUGGCACUAUAGUGCCCUGAGGGUGCCCCCACCCAUAGGGUCCCACUCCCGCCGGACUCUGGGGGAGGGGUUAAACUAACCUCUUUCUCCUGCACCGGGCAGUGGCUCUCCUCCCUCUUCUUCCGUCACCGGCUGAAUGCGCAUGCGCAACAAUUUUCAAUGCUUUCCUACGGACGCUGGCGUCUUCUCACUGUGAUUUUCACAUAGCAGUUUCUCUGAUGGACCUGGCACCCAGACCACUUCAUUAAGCUGAAGUGGUCUGGGUGUCUAUAGUGGUCCUUUAAGUAAGAGGUAAAGGUAGUAAUAAAACAUAUCUUUUAUUAUACACAGGGUAAAACUAAAAUAAAACUAAAUAAACCAAGAUAAGUGAAAGAGGGAUUAAAAGGUAAAGAUAAUCUAAUACGGGAGUAUUAGAUGUAAAUGGAGUGUAAAACACGAUGCAGUUGCUAAAUUGCAAACAAGUUAGCUGGGUGGGAUUGCAGCAUUGUAUUCAAGUAUCAACAAAAAGCCCAGAAAGGAGAGUGUCUGAACAUAAAUAAGUCACUGAAAAUUACAGUGGACCCUCGGUUAACGCUUCCUUACACGAACAAUACGGUAUCGAAACAAAAUAUUUGAGAAACAAAUGUCUCGGUACCCGAACAAAACCACACGGCAGUAACCGCAUUAGAACCUUGUUGGUAAGACGCAUUGGCCUCCUAGCACUAGACAAAGCGAACAGAGCUCCAAUCUGUCAGCAAAUAGAGUCGAUGGGUAAAGUGAAGUUACAUUUUCACUUCAUUUACAUUUUGUUUUUUGGUUUUCUGUAUUUUAUGCUUGCAAGGUAUUAUUAAACAGUAAAAUUUUGUAAGUCUGGAACGGAUUAAUUUAAUUUACAUUAAUUCUUAUGGAAAAUUUUGAUUUGGUUUUUGAACAAAUCUGUUUCAAACAGCCUUCUGGACAGGAUUAUGUUCGAGUGUGUCAGUGUCGCACACUCUGCUAAACAUUCCUCGUAGAUAUGCAUUGAUUCAGUGCAUCUCUAUGAGAAGAUGCUGACUGGUGCAGUGCCGCGUUUUGGUGCACAUGCUCAAUAGUCCUUUGGGAAGUUUUGAUGAUCUCAGCCAAGAAGAAGUGGGGCCAGCUGCAACUAGACCCAUGCAGCAGUGGGGGAAAAAAGGUGAGUAAAACAUCUUUUUAAUAGGGAAUGUGGGGAGAUGUAAUCAUAAAGCGUGCUAUUAGAACAUGUCUGUAUUCCUGACACUACACUGUUCCUUUAACCCCUUAAGGACCAAUCUUCUGGGAUAAAAGGGAAGCAUGACAUGGCACACAUGUCAUGUGUCCUUAAGGGGUUAAGGAACACUCCAGGCACCAUUUCACCUUCAUAGCAAAGAAGUUGUUAUUGUGCCAGGAGGUCCUUUGUUCUUAAGCCCACAGCCAAAGGAUCUGUGCAAAACAUCAUUCAGAGUGGGUAUUAUCUAAAAUCAAUUCAUACCCCCUCUUCAUGAUCACGUCAACAUUUGGGGCUCUGAAUUACAACCGUAAAAUUAUCCCGGGGUAUAUGUUGCCCUAAUAACUACACUACUUUGGUGGACAAGGUUAUUUCCCAACCUUACUCCAGUACUACAACAAUGUUUCCGAGCCAAUGUUUUAAUAUUAUCCAGGCAAUAUCCUGGCCAAGACUCGGAGGCAAGCCUACUCUGAGCUGCUAAAUGCCCCAACUCAGGAGCUUUUCUGCAUUGUGACACCAUGGGACUGGAACAAGAAUGAUUUACAGGGUUAUUUACUUAAGUGAGAAUACAGUUUGACUUUAAAUUCACUUUCAAUUCUCACUUUGGUGAAUAACCUUGUAGGUCUACAGUUGCUGUUUUGUUUUUUGUUUGUUUGUUUUUUAUAAAAGCAGAGUAAAAACAAACCUUGCCAACUGAUAGGAGAGGCACAUGGUCGCCUACGCAGGGGAUUGCAGGUUAAAGUAGUUAAACAUAAUAAAUUGCUGAACAAUGCUUACAUAGGCAAUAGUGAACAAUUUGUAACAACACUAUCUAGUAUGCAUGCAAUGCAGUGACAGCAGCACGUGUGAUAGAGUUCUAUUUUGGCGAUUAUUUUGAGGAUCAAAAACUAAUAAAAUUCAAAAUGAAAACGGAGACUGAAGCUUAGCAUGAAAGCAUAUCAGUGUUUAGUAUAUCUUAGUAUAGUAAGGAAAGCCUUACUAGAAAAAGAAAAUCUGCUGCUCUCUUGAGAGUCCAUUAGCUGCAUGAUUAGGCGUUAGGCUACUUGGAACAUACACUGUUUGUGUCAAAUUUAAAUCGGCAUUUGAGAUCAGGGUUUGGUUAUGUAGAUACGGCCUCACACACGAUGGUGCAUUGCUCUUGUAAGUCAUAGAAACAUAAAAUGUGACGGCAGAUAAGAACCAUUCGGCCCAUCUAGUCUGCCCAAUUGGGUAGUCUAAUAUGGCCUAGGAGUCAGAGACAAUAUUGGUAUAUACUGGCAUGGAGGAAGACUACAACCAAUCCUGAAGGCACAGUGUAUCUUUAUCACUCAAAGUCCAAAUCAGUCUACCGGAACCACCCCCCCACCCCCAUCCAAGAGUCCAUCCACUGACAGUCUCUCACACCCCCCCCCCCACCACUUAAGCUUCUGUGAAGCUCUUGGACUUCACCCGGCACGGGGGACUGGGGCACUUCCCUCACGGCCACCUGCACACCGGAAAGGUCUAUGUAUUCCUAUCCCACAGGACUCACUGCGCCGGGGACAAUCUUCUCUGGGCCCCCCUCAAACCAAAAGGCAGUGACAGUUACUUCUCCAGAGGGAAGGCCGCCCGGGGAAUCCCUCCACAGGAGAGCAGCUGUUAAGGUCAUCGGAGCAGCAUAAGAAAGCUUCUCUAUGGAGGUGAAUUUUCCUUUUCGUACCAGCAUUUCCAUGUAAUCAUGAACUUUUGCAGCUGUUCCAUUAAUAGGGAGGGAGGACACGACGCACGACCCAGCGAAGAUGGCCGCCGGUCAACUCAGAGCCCGGCCCCGCCCCCUUAAAUGAAAUUUGCAAUAAGUUACUUCAUACAUCACACAAAAGCAAAGGAUAACAUGGCAUAUAAUCCUCAAGCUAGGGCUAGACCGAUUAUUGGUUUUGAUAACUUACUCAACUCUGCCAGUCACCACACUCAGUUUUCCGCAUCUGGAAAUUACAGCUGCCAGCCAAAUGAGGCACCGUGUCAUGACCUCACGUCAUCCCUUUCUGUGAGCCCCAUAUGCAGCGCUCAGCUAAAGGCAGGUGAGACUGAAUAACCUACUGUAAUGUAGUGGGCUGGCUGAUUGAGAGUGAUUUCUGUCAGCAAUCACACUCCAGUCAGUAACAGCACAGUGAUCCCAGCAUGUACUGGCUGCCUGAGAGUAGUAGUCUGAUUGAUAUCAACAUGUUUAGAUAAUGCCAGAGUUUUGUAGAAAUUCUGUUGCUUUUUCAAAACUUUAAAUGUACAGAAUAUUGACAAUGGUUAUUAACAAUCGGCCUAUAAUCUGUAUCAGCAUUGGCUCUGUAAAAAUGUCUGUCGAUCCUUACUUCAGACUCGGCACAAGGUUUUAAUAUUUACUUCUAAUAAAGUUUAGCGCUGGGAACAAAGUAGUACGGUAUGUUAUGACAGCCCUGUCUGUAAGCUGACAGUCUUUGGGCAAAAGGACAGGUAAACAGAUGUAGAUAAGUAAUAGCAUAAGAAAUAAUAGAUAUUAGAAAAAUUGAAAAGUUGGGGUUGAAAGAAACAAAAUGAUGAUUGUCUCAACUUGUUUAAAGAGACAUCAGCAGCUUACUAUAGGUUAAGGUGCAAUAAACAUUUCUCUUUUUUGACUUAUAAUAAUUAAAAAAAAAACUGUUGUAGUUUUAAAGGGAUAUAUAAUCUCUAAACUUCUCACUUAAAGGGAUACUAUAUUGCCAGGAAUACUGUAUUUCUAGCACUAUCACUCCCUCACCCACACAGGUACCACGCACGCAUUAGACCUCCCCAUAAGAAAGCAUUGAAUCAGUGCUUUCCUAUGGGGAAAUAAUAAUAUGACGCUGGAGGUCCUCAUGCAGAGCGUGAGGGCAUCCAGCGUCAGAUACCGGAGCAAAGGUCCGUUUCGAACCAGGAAGCCCUCUAGUGGCUGUCCACUGGAGGCAGACUUAGAGCUGCAAUGUAAACAUUGCAAUUUCUCUGGAACUGUAAUGUUUAACAUUGCAGCACUAAGUGUAAAAGGAACACUGCUUCAAUUAGCUGAAGUGGUCUAUAGUGUCCCUUUAAUCCUGUGAGGGUGCCACCACAGAGUACAUUGACCUUUGCUUUUAUAGUUUCAUGCAGGAAACCUAGCAUGGAAAUGUUUGGAUAGCACUUUUAUUCAGAUUUCUGAUCAAUAGAACUGCUGCCAAAUGCUGAACGAACUACAUAUCCCAUAACACCUGCUGCACAUUUCUGAAUAAGUCGAUACUCAUUACUACCAUGGAAAAUAAAGAGAGAGCUUGAUUUUUAUAAUGUAUUACUUAUCUGGACAGGAGUCACAAUAGAAAGCCUUUUCCCCUUUUCAUACCUGUACAAUAUAUUCAUAAUUGGGGAGGUCCCUUUAAAUACCAGAGUCACAAGGAAUGUGGUGCAUCUAAUUAAAUCAUAUCUACUCUGUAUUUUUAGAAUGGCUCCUUAAAGUGAAAGCAUAUCCUGGCUUUUGUUGGUACAGAAUCUGAUUUAUAAUUCGUUCAUUGAAUACAUGCUUUGUUGAUAAUGUAUUGCAUAUAUAUUUUUUUUUUUGUUACCUUCUCCCUCAAGCACCAUAACCACAGUGACAUGUUUAAUAAAAUGCCUCAUUAUACAAAAAAGGCUGUUAAGCAUAGCUUAAGAGGGGGGUGUGGGAGUGUGACCAUAACCACUACAUUAAACUUAUGGUGGGUGUAGUUUUCCUUUAAGACAAUUUUGUGUAAAUAAAUGCAUGGGUAGGGCAAACACUGUUUUCACUGGAGUCUGUCUGAAAUAUCUCCUUCUGACAAACAUACUCUGUUUUCACAAGUGUUUCCUUUAAACAUUCAGGUACACGCAAUCAAUCAUGGCAGCCGGUUUGAACAGGAGAUCAAAGCAGAACAAGAAGAGAAGAAGAGGCAAGCGGAGGAGAAAGAACAGAGGAAAGCUGCAUUCAAAGAGCUCCAAUCUGCCUUCAAGCCAUAGAACAGAGUUACAUAUUUUCUUAGCAUGCAGAGAGAGACAAAAUCAAUAUAUAUAUAUAAAAUGAUAUAUAAACUAUAGAGAAAAAAAAACAGAUUUACUGCUUAAGGGUUGGGUGGACCAAUAGAGUUUACCGUUUUACAAGUGAUUACAUUUUUUAAAAUUCAUUUGCAGACAAUAUUUUUUAUGUCAUUCAACAGCUGUUUUAUUUUAUUUUUCUGUGUUUGCGUGAAAUGUGUAAAUAAAAUUGGAUGGCAGC